UAUGGCAGAAAGAGGACAUGCUUUAAAAUAAGACAUAAGUAAAUUGGCUUGGGAGGAAACAGAUUUUCCAAUUGUCUGCAAUAUUUGUUUAGGUGAGAACCCAUAUAUUAGAAUGGUAAUUAAAAAAUCAUAUAAACAUAUAAAAGCUUAAAGAUAGAUUUGGAAGAGAGUGCAGAAUUUGUGCAAGACCAUUUACUACUUUUAAAUGGAAACCUGGACAUAAUUCAAGAUAAAAAUAGACUGAAAUAUGUUAAACAUGUGGAAAAAUAAAAAACAUUUGUUAGGCUUGUUUUAAAGAUUUAGAAUUAAAUAUGGGAUUAUGCACAAGAGAUAAAUUUUUAGGUGAUGAAAAGAUUGAAAUUCCUGAACACACAGCAAAUAGAGAUUACUGGGCUGAAUAAGCUAAUAGAUAAAUUGAGAGAUUAAUUUUACCAUAUGAUAAACCUUUACCAAUGUUAGAUUAAAUUUUGAAAGAACCAAGAUUAGCAGAAGUGAAUUAAUAAUUGAAUGAUGGAAAACUAGAACCUGCUAAUCAAGUUAUUAGUGAACCUUUAUAAAAUCCUUUAGAUGUUGAUUUACUUUACAAAGAAAAAUUUGAACCAAAAGGACUUAUAGCACCUGAUGAUCCUAAAAUUUGUAGUCUCUAUAUUUCACAUAUGAGUGCAGAAAUAAAAGAAUCAGAUCUUAAGUAAUUUUUGAUUAAUAAAUUAAUAGACAUUUAUUUACAAAGUAUGGAAAAGUAAAUUCAAUAAAAAUAAUGGAACAUGGUUAAAGUUGCUUUAUUCAAUUUGCUAAAAGAAAAGAUGCUGAAAAUGCAGUUAAUAGUCUUUAUAAUAAUAUUAUUAUUAAAGAUGUUAUAUGUAAAAUAUAAUGGGCAAGAGCUCCUUAUAAAAAAAUGCCUAUUAAAAGUAUGAGAUAUAUCUCUUACUUGUUAGAUCUUAUUCAAUAGUUGUUACCUGAUGUAAAUAAAAACGCCAGUGCACCAUAAAUGCCACCUAAAAAUAUUGAAAAUAAACAAUAAUCUGAAGAUAAGUAUUGAUACUCCUCUUCAAUUAGUAUUUUGAUUGGUUUAUUGGAUUCCUAAAUGAGUUAUCCUAAUUAAAAUCCAUAUUAGAAAGGAGGAGUAAAUAUUAAAGAUUUAUGAUU